CAAUUCAAAUAGAGUCACCUUGCUUGGUGUUAUAUGCUUUUUGCAUAACCCAAAAUGUCUUCUUUUGAGUUUGUUAAGGGGUUAACGAUGAGCUGUAGGAACUUUGCGCUGCCCCUGUUGCUGCUGUGCUUGUGGGGGCUCUGGGAGGAAGGAGCGCAAGCCUGCACCUGUUUCCCACAGCAUCGGCAACAACUGUUUUGCCAAAAAGAUGUUGUUGUCAUGAGGGCAAAGGUUGUUGGAGUGACGCCCGGCGUGGGAGCCACGCCCACAAAGUAUGACAUCAAACAGAGAAAGAUCUUCAACGGUGCUGAAAAGAUCUUUGGCGCCGUCUACACAAAUUCCCAUUCUGUAGCAUGUGGAGUCACUCUGACCAAGGGAGUUGAAUAUCUACUCCUGGGCAGACUGCACUUUGACGGCUCAUUGCAUAUCCAGGUAUGUGACAUCAAUCAGCCUUGGGAAGCCUUGAGUGCAGCGCAAAAGUCACUGUUGUACCGCUACGGAGAGGGCUGCGAUUGCGAGAUCAAGCUCUGCAUCUCCUACCCGUGCUGCAUCACCAAACCAACAGAGUGCUUGUGGACGGGUUUCCAGCUGGGUGCUUUCGGCAAUCCUGACCAGGAGUUGAACUCUGCUUGCAUUAAGAAAGGCGAUGGCUGUUUCUGGGAGAGGGGUGUUGCCGGGCCCCAAUCGGGAUAGCCUCCUCGAGUUUGAAAAUGCUAUUUAUUGCAAAAUAAAAAUAAUUGAAAUCAA